AUGGUCAAGACACUUCCCUUCGGCGACAUCCAGAUCCCAACACCGGGAUUCGGUGCCAUGGGGUUGAGCCAUGGCUUGGGUAGCAAUCUGAGCCUCGAGGAAGCCGAACCAGUUUUGCUGAAGGCAAUUGAACUGGGAUGCACAUUCUGGGACACUGCUGUUGUGUACCAAGCCGGUGUGAACGAAAAGCUUUUAGGAGACUUCAUCAGGAAACACAACGUCCGCGAUAAGGUUUUCAUUGCCUCGAAGUGUGGUUUCAAUGUCAUUGGAGGGGACGGCUCAAUCACCAACUCCGCCUCGCAUAUCAAGGAGUACAUCGAGGGAACCAUUGAGAGACUUGGCUUUACUCCUGAUUUGUACUAUCUGCACCGCAUUGACCCCAAUACGCCUCUCACCGAGUCCAUUCCGGCUCUUGAUGAAAUUCGCAAGGCGGGGAAGACCAAGUACAUUGGACUUUCGGAAUGUUCAGCUGCCACACUGCGGAAGGCAAACUCAAUCGCCAAGAUUGACGCUGUCCAAGCCGAAUAUUCAGCCUUUGAGACGCUCCAUGAGACAGAUGGCUUGAUCGACACAGCGAAGGAGCUGGGGGUCGCCUAUGUCGCGUAUAGUCCACUGGGGCACGGCUGGCUCGUCGAUAACUUCGAUUACAACUCCCCGGAUGACUUUUCCCCGAAUGACUUCCGCCGAACAGUUCCCAAAUUCCAAGGCGAGAAUUUCUAUAAGAACCGAGCCAUCGUCGAAGAAAUAAAGAAGCUCGCUGCCCGCAAGGGUUGCAAGACUAGCCAAAUCGCCCUUGCCUGGGUCGCCUCCCAAGGACUGAUCCCCAUCCCCGGAACAACCAAGGCAGCACGUCUGGAGGAAAACUGGACAUCUCGGGAUAUUGAAUUGACUGAGGAGGAAAAGCAAGCAAUGCGAAAGAUUAUCGAUGCUGCUAAGCCACAUGGCAACAGAUAUGGUCCCGCGCAUCAGGCUAUGGUUGGACAUUAA